GCAAUGCCCACUGUCCAGUGGUGACAGUUUGGGGGCCAAAAAAAUCGCCAACGUUUUCGUUAACUAUUUAUAGCUUAGCUGUCAUAUUCUGUCACCUGAACAUAAUGUGGGUUGUUUCUUUGUUCCUCUUUUCGAACAGCUUUCUCAGUGUUGAUGUCGAGAAUACCACUCCCCAGUUGAUUCCCUAGCCUCUGUCCACGUGUUAGUGCCAACAUGUGGAGUGUUAGAAGUCAUCCUCAGACCAAAAGGGAGCAGCUCAGGCUUCAACUAUCUUCUCUGCUCCACGACCACAAACCCAACUGUGCGGCUAUUCAACUAGAUGGCGAUGCCGGUGGCGCGUAUUACAACGCUUCGGACGAAGGAGAGCGACUGAAUUGUGUCAAGAACGUCGAUGAAAUCUUCCCCCCGAUGCAAGCCGCACACGAUGGCUUUUUGCGCGCCAUCCAAGACCAAAAGGUCCAACUACCUUAUCUCCCUCAAACAGCAGGGAUCGUGUCGUCCGCUGGUGGUACAUAUCUUCCCAACUUCAUCGUCACUCUACGACUCAUUCGAAGACGGGGUUCGAAUCUCCCCGUAGAGGUGUUUAUGAAGGACUGGGAAGAAUACGAAGCGUACAUUUGCGAAGUGGUGCUGCCGCCAAUGAAUGCGAAGUGUCUCAUUCUUUCGGAGAUGCUGUCUGGCUUAAACAAAAUGGAACACUAUCAGAUUAAAUCAUUCGCUAUCUUGUUUUCCUCGUUCGAGUCUGUCAUCUGGCUGGAUUCGGAUAAUAUUCCCCUGCAUGAUCCGGGCAUCUUGUUAAACUCGGAGCCGUUCACAUCCACGGGCCUAGUCACUUGGCCGGACUUUUGGGCCAGCACCACUGCCCCUAUCUACUAUAACAUCUCCCGACAACCAGAGCCAUCGUUGAGUGCUCGAGCAUGCUCUGAAGCAGGGGUGAUUCUCGUGUCUAAACAAAGCCAUGCCAGUAUGCUGCUGCUGUCAGCGUAUUAUAACUACUAUGGACCGGACUACUAUUACCCGCUCCUAAGCCAGGGUGGGUAUGGCCAGGGUGAUAAAGAUACAUUCAUUCCUGCUGCAGCUGCCAUGAAUAAAACAUUCUACACCGUGAGCGAACCGGUGGUAUUUCUGGGGCAUACCCUACCACAUUCAGAAGACGUGCAUCCCGCCGCCAUGCUCCAGUCUGAUCCUAUAGAAGACUUCCAGUUGACCAGCGAAGGGAAAUGGCGAGUAAAGGACCCAUCCGUGGCUAAACCCGUGCGUGCAUUCUUCAUUCACACCAUGGCCAUGAAGUUCAACCCUGCAGAUGGUCUCAUGGGUGAGAAAUCCCAUGAUUGGCACGGCAAUCCAUCAAGAGCAUAUACUGCUUCUGCAGAAGCCUUGCAGCGCUUUGGAUAUGAUGCCGAGAGAGACAUAUGGGAAGAAACCCUGGCGAUGACUUGUGAUCUGGAACAUGUGUUUUAUACAUGGAGGUCCAAAUCUGGGGUCUGUGCAGAGGUCAGGGCAUAUUGGAAUGCUGUUUAUGAGAAUCCAUCUAAAGAGGAAACCUAUAAAUUUACACAAGACUAA